AUGUCAAUUUUUUUUAAUAAUCAUUAUGAUCAUUAUAAUCGAGAAAAGAUUUUCAAAGUGCCAAUCAUAAUUGGAUGUACUGGUUUGUGUUUAGCGUUUUCAUACUUAACAGUUGGCUUUCUCUUCCAAGGCUUAAAUCGGGAAUGCUGCAGAGUGCCUGAUUAUGUCACAGGAAAAAUCAUCAAUAAAAUUCACUACGAGUUGGUGAAAGCUCCUGCAAUGGCAACAUAUUUGAAAGCUUGUAAAUUAUUCGAAGGAGUCUUCAGGAAAUUAAAUUUAUUGAACGGGAAAGAAAUUGAUCAGGAAGCAGCUAGAAAACUUUUCGAUAUUCAACUUAAAGAUCCUGAAUGGAAAUAUUUAUUUUCCCGUGCCCUUAAAUCCUGUCUUGAUGAUGUUAAUUCGCAGUUAGAUGAUGAUUUUAUUGAAGUAGCUGCUAAAGACGAUGAUAAGACCGAUGAAAAAUCUAUUUCAACUUUGAGAAAAGAUUUUUGUGACAAUCGAUACACAGCAACUGUGGAAUGCUUAAGAGUUAUCUCGUACAUGAGUUGCAAACACAUAGAUUGGGAUAAGAAUCCAACAUGCCACAAAGCUAAAGAGUUUCUCGAAAAUUGCGAACAUGAUGCUGAAGCAAUGAACAGAUUUUUUGGGUUUCAAAGAUAUCUUUAUUAA